AUGUACUCUGUUGUCUUUUUCGUCCUUCCUGGCAACAUCAUCAACAUCUGUGCUCUUCUGGUGUUCCUGCUCCCCCCCGAUUCUGGAGAGAAGGUCAGCCUCUCCAUGAACUGCCUCAUAGCCAUGAUGGUGUUCCUCAUGGCAGUCACAAUGAGCAUACCCUCGUCUCCUAAAGUGCCUCUCAUUGGUCAGUUCUACCUGGCGUGCAUCACCACCGUCGCGCUUAACCUGCUCAUGAGUGUUUACAUUCUCCGCUGCCGAUUCUCAAGCAAACUGAAGGUCUAUGGCAAAGUCAGAAUGUUGUUGAUAUGGCUGGGGCGCCUGCUCUUCAUGAGGAUUCCACAGCAGCUGCAAGACAAAUGGCACAUCGAUCGGGACAAAGAAGAAAUUGACCGCACCACAGAGCGCAUGCAAAAUCCGCCCAAAAUUUUGAACGUAGCGAGUGCAAAUCCUUUGAGAGGUCGCUUGUCAUCCGAGAAAAUUAAUCAAGAUGAGAGCUGCCAAGCAAGAAUUGCGUCACUGCUUGAGAACAUUUACUCGCUGCAACUGCAAGAACAAAGCGCGUGGACCUCCAAAGAAAACGAUAUAAGGACAGAAAUUGAAUCCCUUUACGUCUGCCAGAUUCUGGAUCGAAUCUUCUUCGUGGUGUUUUUGUUUGUGGUUAUCGGAUUCAACGUCGGUCUCCUGACGUCUUCUCCUUACAGCAAGGGCGCCGAAUACUAUUCAUCGGGUCACAGUAACGACACUGACACCUGA